GCUUCAGCUACUACAACCACUACAGAACCUGAAACAACCACUGCUUCAGCUACUACAACCACUACAGAACCUGAAACAACCACUGCUUCAGCUACCACAACCACUUCAGAACCUGAAACAACCACUGCUUCAGCUACCACAACCACUUCAGAACCUGAAACAACUGCUGCAACUACCAUAACCAGUUCGGAACCUGAAACAACCACUGCUGCAGCUACCACAACCACUUCAGAACCUGAAACAACCACUGCUUCAGCUACUACAACCACUUCGGAACCUGAAUCAUCCACUGCUUCAGCUACCACAACCACUUCAGAACCUGAAACAACUGCUGCAACUACCACAACCAAACCUCAAACAACCACUGAUUCAGCUACCACAACCACCUCAAAUCCUCAAUCAACCAUUAUUUCAGCUACCACAACCACUUCAGGACUUCAAUCAACCACCACUUCAGAGCCUCAAACAACAACAGAACAUAAUUGCCAAAGGAUAAAUGAAAUGAAAUCUGGUGAUAAGAACAUCGUAGAGAUAAAACAUACCAACAAGCACUACACAUACCACAACUGCCUCAGAUACAACCACUACUCCAGCUACAAGUACGACCUCAGAAUUACACGCAACUACUACUUCAGCUUCCACGACUUCCGUCCCUCAAAUAAGUACUACUUCAGCUACAGCAACGACCUCAACUCCUAUGACAACUACUCCUACAACUACAACUACAGGUACUACUUUAGGCACCACAACUCUAGUCCCUGA